AUGGCCCGUCGUCCAGCGAGGUGCUACCGCUACUGCAAGAACAAGCCCUACCCCAAGUCGCGAUUCAACCGUGGUGUGCCCGACCCCAAGAUCCGCAUCUUCGAUCUCGGCCGCAAGCGUGCCAACGUCGACGAAUUCCCCCUCUGCAUCCACCUCGUCUCCAACGAAUAUGAGCAGCUGAGCUCCGAGGCCCUCGAGGCCGCCCGCAUCUGCGCCAACAAGUACCUCGUCAAGACGGCCGGAAAGGAAGGCUUCCAUCUGCGUGUCCGCGCCCAUCCCUACCACGUCGUCCGCAUCAACAAGAUGUUGUCGUGCGCCGGUGCGGAUAGACUGCAGACCGGUAUGCGUGGUGCUUUUGGCAAGCCCAACGGCUCUGUCGCUCGCGUCAACAUUGGCCAGAUCAUCCUCUCUGUCCGCACUCGUGACUCCAACCGCGCCACCGCCAUCGAAGCCCUCCGCCGCAGCCAGUACAAGUUCCCCGGCCGCCAAAAGAUCAUCGUCUCGAAGAACUGGGGCUUCACUCCGCUCGCUCGCGAGGACUACGUCGCCCGCCGACAAGAGGGCAAGGUCCGUGUGGAUGGUGCGUACGUGCAGUUUUUGAGGAACAAGGGCCCGCUCGAGUACAACGUCCGUCGCUUCCCCGAGGCUUUCGAGGCGGAGGCUUAG